ACACAGGUCUUUAAAACGUAAUUUAACUAACAGAGGUGUUAUUAGAUCUACGUGAGUAUUCGUGAACACACUCACGCUACUAUAGAAGUAAUUGCUACAGAACAACCAAUUAUUAAUAAUUAUCUGUGUGUAUGUUUGUCCUUCAUAGAACCUGUAUCGGGCACGUUUUUCCAAUUCCGCUAACGACCAUUUGCCAUUUGUCACCAUGUUCUCCGGUAGAAUAUACUGGUUUACAAUCAAACAAAAAAAACACAAGCCGAUCAGAUCCAAACACCGCCUUGGACUACGACAGGAAACAUCCCCAAAGAGCAACGCAGUCGACCAAUCUAGCAGUUCCCCUGAAAUCCCAACCGAACGUCUGCAAGCACUCGAACUGAAGAGUCCCCGAGACUCACAUUCCGCAUCGGAGUCCAAUAUCCCCACAAAAGAGCACGCUUUGAAAAUUGAACAAUUUCCGAACUGGAAUAAGAGUCAAAUUCCCGUAGCAAUACAUAAGACCGGUACAGACACUUCAGGAGACAUGCAAGCGAAUACCUUAAGAGACCUGAAGAGAUGCAAACCAUGUAAGGAUCACGAUGUCGAAGGACUGCAAGAUUGGAAGCCAGAAGUUAUCGGAAAAAACGCGGUUCGAACGAAUAUUACAAAGAAAUUGAGAGCACGUGAGUAUUUUUUCAACCUUUAAAAGUCUUCAAGGAUAUUUCAGAAACCGUUAAACUUACUGAAAAUUCUAAAAAUCAGGUUCUCCAUUAGAUCAGGAUUUAGAAGAUUCAUUGCCUCGACAAAUCAGGGAAAUACAUAAUGAGACUAGAAAAAGUUCUCGGAUAAUUAGAGACUCAAGGGCGAGACUGCUCGAGAUUCAGAAG